CAACCGUUCACGAGGCGAACAACUGAAAUAGCGGAACAUAUCUGUUGAGAAACCCUCCUUUCAUUCUCUUCCGCCAUUGAACUGCAAGUUCGUACUCCAGCGCUUUGUAUCAGGGAUCAGAUACCUACAUCCAGGCACCAGCCAGCGUCAAUGGCAAGCUCUGUCGAUCACUGGAAAUCAUUCCAGAAGUGGGAAGAUAAUGAAGAACACACCAAAAGCAUUGCAAAGCUACUUGCGGCGGCCAACUUCCCUAUCCUUUGUAGCACUGCACUCAAACUCCGCGCAGAGACUGACAACAAGAAUACCUCCAGUUCUUUGAAAUGCACCAUCGAUCCCACUCGAUUUGCAGGCGGUAUGCAAAAUCUCGUCUUGGAAGUGAAAUUCUCAGAUGGAAUAUCUUGGAUCGUUCGCAUACGAUUUCCCAACGAUAGUGACAGUCGCGAUGAGGUUGAGGAAUCUAUACUCAGCGAAGUCGCAACAAUGACAUACAUCCGUGUCAACACAAACAUCCCAGUACCCGAAGUGUAUGGCUACGAUGUAUCUCCCUCGAAUGCAUUUGGGUUCCGAUAUGUCUUGAUGGAAAUGUUACCCGGUAGGAUCAUUGAUCAUGAUUCGAAGAACUCGAUUCCGACAAAGAAAUGGGCUGCUCUUGCGGAUCAACUGGCGGAAUACAUGUACCAGUUGAGUAAGCUUCGUUUCUCAACCAUUGGUCGUCUACUCGGUGCCGAUAAAACCCACUUGGAAGAAUACAUCUCCCCUAUCGGUGGCGGAGAACCAGUCACCACUUCUCUCGAAUACUUCUACACCCACCGGCAAAACCACACACAACUGAUCAAAUCUGACCACGAAGGCGACGAUGACUGGGCGACUGCAGCAUGGAUACUCGAACAAGCGGUCCCUGCGAUGGUUGUCCCUGAGUUCAGUCAUGGUCCAUUCCCACUUUGCCAUGUUGAUCUGCAUUUUGAGCACAUUCUCGUAGAUGCGGAUCUCAACAUCACGGGGAUAAUCGACUGGUCGAAGGUGCAAACUGUGCCGGUUGAGAGAUUCACGGUCAUGCCUGAGAUUGCGAUGUUUCUUGGUGCGAGUCAUGAAGUGACAACUAGGAUAGGAAACUUUCGACAGGCGCUGAAAGAUGGGUUGAGGAAGAGGGAGAUUAAGGGGAGGAGGGAUGUGGAGAUGCCGUUGAUCUCGGAUUUGAUUGGAACACCGAGGUGGGAGAUCAUUUACAGUUGUCAUUAUAGUCAUCACUCGAGGGCUUUGACAGAUGUACGACUGGUCAUGCAGCAGAUAUAUGGGAGUAGAGCGAGGUUUAGGGACUUUGUGGAGUUUUACAGAAAUGCACCGAUCCAUACAGAGUAG